GUAACGCAUUCGCGUCCAGGUGAUACGAGAAAAGCACGAGGAAAAAAAAAACGUGUUACGGUGUUACAAAGGCGAUUAAUAGCAGAGACUUGUUAAGGGAUGAAGUGAAGAACGCAUUGCCACGAGCUUUCGGUUUCUGAUACAUUGAACCGCAAGAGAAGCAGUACAAAAUCAUUGAUCGCCUGACAAGAAAAGUGAGGAAUGAUCGCAGAAACGAAAAAGGGAAGAAAGUAAGAGAGAAAGAAUAAUUGGACUCGUGAUUCUGGAGUAGUCCAUUUUUCACACUCGGUUUCAUAAUCAAGAAGAGAUGAGAAAAUCGCGGUAAUCUGCGCGCCGGAAGAAAAAAAAAGACAUUUAGUAAGUGACCAGAGAAAGACGCGGGAGAAACGAGGAGUCGGUCUCGUAUAUAGAGCGACGAGGCAAGUCACGUCACAUUAAAUCUUGAUCUCACCUCGGCAAGCAGCGGCGAGUUCCCGACUGUGGAGGGCAAAAGGUGGGGGUAAGGCUAGUCUGGGCGCGCUUUGAAACCUCGAGCGGAAGGCAAUCCGCUCGAAUCCGGCGGAGCGCGAGCAGGUUACCCCGGUGGCGUAGUCCUCGUUGCCUGUCAUUGGAGAAGGGAGCCCUCGUAGGCGGAAGGAGCGAGAGAGGGCUAUCGACACGCGAGGAAGAAACACGGAGAGGGAAAAGCAAAGAAGAAGAAGAGGUGGAGGACGUGGUCACGAGCUUCGUCGAAGGCGCCUGCGCUCCAACACUCCUCAGUUACUCGGCAUCGACUAGGCUCAAGUAUCGCGACGUGAAAGCUCGCGUCGCGAUGCGUCGUGAUCGUCAUCGGGCGACCAUACGAGAAAUCAUUUCGCUCCACUAAUCAAAUCCGCAAGGAUACGUGUCCUGUCGCGUUGCGAGUUGACGAGUUCGCGAUACGUGUCCGUUACCGGGAGAUGCGGUGGUUAUGACAAUGUGCUCUCACGUGACAGUUCGAUGGACGCUGAUGAAGGCCAAGUGACGUUUCCGAAGACAAAUGGGAUUUGUGACCCUUCGGCGAACACAGCGGAAGUGUAUUGAACUCGUAUUGAACUUUCACCGUAUUGAUGUGCGUAGAAGAGGAAUAUCUUGGUUUGACAGGAAAUCGACGAGAAACUUCGUUAACAACUUUUGUGUCCGACGAUAUUGUGUUCGAAGUAUAAUGAAGAAUUCAUCAAUGUAUUCUCGACAUAAGGCUUCCGUAGUUGACUAUUGCACUUGAAGUCAUUGACGUUCCCAUCACUCGAUCGAAUUCAUGGAGGAGAAUCGACGCGAAGCGCGGUAAAGAGUUUGUUAGAUGCGAAACGAGACACAAGAGCAAUCGGAAGAUAGACUUGGUGCAUCCCGCAGAAGUGGAGGAGGGGACAGGAGAGGGAGGAGCCGUUGCUGAGUGUGUGUGGAGGGGGCGGAGGUGAGAUCGUCUGGUGAUGAUGAUCGGUGGCGGCGUCGCGACCCCUCCUGGUACUGCCAAGUCGGCGGCUGCGAUCGACAGCGAGAUGGUGCAGGUCGACGGCAUUGGCAGUGGUAGUGUCAGUGGCAGUGCUAGUGGUAGUGGUAGCCCUGCGACGGGCGCGACCACCACGCGGCUGGCGCACAAUAACAACAGCAACAACAACAACAAUAAUAAUAAUGGAGACGUUAGUAAUAACAACAAUAAUAACGACAGACACGCGAAUUGCGCCGGCACGACUGCCCCGAGCGCGAGCGACAAGUUCUGCUGUCAAGAUGAGGACGUUCUCGCCAGCACCGGUGUUACUCGGCCUUGGGAACCACCGUCGCCGACCUUUUCCCAGACGAGGUCGCACCUGCUGCAAGUCCACCCAUCUCAUCACCAUCAGCACCCGGCGGCGCAUCAUCAUCAACAGAUCAACGUGCCGGCUUCCCUGAUUGAUGGUGUAAACUUGCAAAACUGCACAGCUGGCCCGUUUGCCAGCGGAAAUAACGGAAGUGCGUCGCGUCAACGUCUAAUUGAAUUAUCACAUGGAUUAGGAGCGCUAAGGCACUAUAACGACCUCGCCAACCACGUGUUGUCUUUAAAUCAGCAGGGCGCAGUCGUCACGAAACUUUUAGGUACGUUGCGUCCGCCCGGUCUGAUCGGCGGCAGCAAGCCGAAAGUAGCGACACCGGCUGUCGUCGCCAAGAUCGAGCAGUAUAAAAGAGAGAACCCGACUAUCUUCGCCUGGGAAAUCCGGGAGAGACUAAUAUCCGAAGGAGUCUGCAGUAACGCGACAGCGCCGUCGGUCAGCAGCAUCAAUCGGAUAUUGCGGAAUCGCGCGGCGGAGCGCGCGGCCGCUGAAUUCGCGCGUGCCGCCGGUUACGGCCUGUACGCGGCCGCCGGUCCGCAUCCGUAUUUUAACUCUCAUCAACAUCCGACGACGAGCCAUCAUUUGCCGGCGGGAUGGCCGACGCCAGGUGCAGCCGGGCACCCGUGGAUGCUGCCGCCUCUGGCAACCGGUAUUUCCGGCGCCGCGGCAUCGGCUCUGCUUCUGCCACCGUCUCUGAGCCCCGGUGCGGCUGCCGCCGCUGCGGCCGCCGCGUCCGCAUCCGCCGCCGGCACUUCCGAACACGCUCUUCAUGCCGCCGACGCGAUCGCUCGAGGAUAUUUGCAAGACGGCGACGGGGACGACGGAAGUCUGGACGGUUCGGAGCAGCCCAAGUUCCGGCGCAAUCGCACGACCUUCAGCCCGGAACAGCUCGAGGAACUCGAAAAGGAGUUCGAGAGAUCGCACUAUCCUUGUGUGUCCACGCGCGAACGUCUCGCAUCGAAGACGUCACUCUCGGAAGCACGUGUUCAGGUUUGGUUUUCCAACAGACGGGCAAAGUGGCGUCGUCACCAGCGCAUGAACCUCUUAAAGCGCUCGCCACCACCGCCUCCACCGCCACCGCCGCAGCAGCAGCCGCCGCAGCACUGUUCCAUCGCCGGCAUGGGCGGCGAAAGUAGCGCGUUCCGCGCGGUCAUCGCCAACUCCGCGACCAGGGACACGAGUAUCGACAGAUCCGAGAGAAUCGACAGGCUCGAAUCGGCACCGAAACAGCCGGAGAAGAAACCAAGCGCCUUCCGGAUGAUAAGUCAAUUGGUGGGCGAGGACUCGUCCGGGCUCUCGAGACCGUCCAGUCCCGCGUACGAGCAACGACAGGGAAUCGGAGGACGUGGUCCGAGUCCGGGAUCGACGCACAGAACACAUUACGAUCAGGACGAGGAUGAGGACGAGGAGAUUGACGUUCAAGACUCCGAUCCGGAGGACGUCCCGUCGUCGCCGCCGGUCGCCUGGAGGGAUCAUUGGACUGACCAACAGCCGUUGGAACUAACGAAACACGAUCGUUGAACGAGAUGUGAUAUUCCAGUUUUGGUUUCGAAUAGCUAUCGAGUGACCGUAUCGCGAUUUAUCGGGGAACACUUGUCAACGCAAACACUUGUCAAUAAUAAUAAUAUCAGUGAAGUCUAAUACCAGUGAAGUGAUCGAUAUAAAGUGCAAAAGAGAUGAGAAAAAAUCUAUCUACUUCUCAUGGUGCUCGAGAUAUAUAAUUCGCGAAAAAUAACGAAUAUAUAGUAGCUAAACAAAAUCGUUAUUACUCGAUUGACACGCGAGUGCUCGAGUGAUGGAUCGCAUCGACAACGGGCUCUCCGUCGGCAAAAAAUGCCGUCGUGAAGCGUCAGACGUGCAUGCACAUCAACUGUUUAACAUAUUUUUUCUCUUCUCGCGCGCAUGUUAUUAUCGGACUCACGGCUCUUUAUCGGUUGAAAUCUUUAUAAUCUAUAUAUGAAAUUACUCAAUACACACACACACACACACACACACUCACACAUACACACACAUUACACGCAUAAAAAACGCAUUACACAAACGAUAUCUAUCAAUUAUAGUUACGUGUUUGCGGGCUCUGCGUAAUAUUAAAAUGCAAUGUCAAUCAGUGUCACUAGAGAAUAAUUAUCGUUGAUUAGAUAAGCAAUCCAUGCGUAUCGCGUGUGACAAAUACCGUUAGUUCGCUCAAAUCUGUCUCCGGAGCCGCUUGUUUGAGUCGAGAUAAUAAUGAAGUUACGUAAACUUGAGGCAAAUAUAGUGAGGUUGUUCGAGCUCAUUCGGAACUAGUCCUAGAGAAUCAUUACGAGAAGUUAGGGGAGGGGGUCUGUGCGUUAUCUAGAUAUUUCAAAAUAGAAGUAAGCGCCAGAAGAGAGCGCGUAAAUAAUAAUUCUAAUUCUCUUACGCGAGCUGUCUGUUAAAAUAAAAAAAUAGAAAUAAUGUUUAUUUAAAAUACGAAUUCGUUUGUACAUACGAACACGUUCACACAAACUCAUUCUCUAUUGCAAACUCUCUUCCGAAUUUUUGUUGUUGUUGUUGUCCAAUUAUCCCUUCGACAGGCAAAUAAUGUUUUUCGACGAUCCAUCCAAAUAUUCGCACAACGAAG